UUAACUUUAUUUAUCAUACACUGAUAGCCUUAAAUGACACAAACAGUUGUGACAAAUCACACAGUUUUAAAAAUCACAUUUGUAUAGAUAUGUAUAAUAUAUAAAGAUAGAUAAAACAAAUAAAAUUUCCACGAUAGCGGGUCGUCGUAACAAAGUUCAAUUUCAUAUUCAAAUUAAAAUCGUAUGUUUAUAAAGUUAAACAAUGGAAGCUUAUACAGAGGUUGAACAGAAAUUCGGAGGGAGAUGGAAAAUAUACAAAAGUGAAAACUUUGAAGCAUUUCUACAAGAGGUUGGGGUUAAUGCAUUACUUAGAAAAGUUGCAACAAAAGUUUCACCUGAAACAGAACUCACUCUGUCGGGAGGGAAAAUUAAAAUUGCAAUGAAAACAGGUUUGUUUACUAGUGUAGACGAAUUGUCAUUGGGUGAAGAAUAUAUGAAGGAAAUUCAAGGAACAUGGAUGAAGGCUAAAGGAGAAUAUGAAGAAGGAAAACUUAUUAUCGUACAAACUCCAAUAGAUCCUAAAAAUAAGAUGAAACCUCAAACAGUACAUCGUGAAAUUGUUGGUGACGAACUAGUUAUGACACUGUUUGUUGGUGAUGUUGUUUGUAAAAGGUACUUUAAGAAGAUGACAUAAAACCAGUGUCUCUUUGACAAUAGCCACUUUGUCUCGUGUACAUAAUGUUCGUUUAUAUAUAUGCAUUUAAAGUA